AUGUCAUCAACAACUUCAGAUGAUUCGUAUAGAAUAUGGUUGUUUGUGUCACGUAUACAAUACUGGAUGUGCUUGAUAUUCAUCAUUAUCAGCUUAAUAGUAUUGACGAAGGCUUUUCUGUUGCUCCUUAAUCUUAGAAGAUCAAAUUAUUUUCAAUUUCUCAUCAGUAUUAUGGCUUCAUACUUCAUAACGCUAAUUAUUAUACUUGUGGAUAUCAUAUCGCAAUCUCUAUUCAUCUCCAUGAAUGGACCUGUCUUAUGCAAAAUUUUGGUUUUCCUCUCUAAUGUGGCGGCUUGUUUUGCCAAUUGGUGUUGGCUUGUUAUGUAUCUUCAACGCUGUGUGUAUCUUCUCUUUCCACUGAAACGUUGUCAGAAAGGUUACAUGAGCUUUAUCCAAAGUUCUCCGAAACUAUUAAUAACAUGUCUACUACUAGCCACAAUUACCCAGACAUGGUCGCUUGUACUUGUAACUGAACGUCAAUUUCGAACAGAUGAAGGAUAUAUCGGAACUACAUGUGAACGUGACACAGAGAAAUUAAAUCCGGAGGGUUACAAAUGGGUCGCCUUACUAGAAGCCGUUUCAACCUACGCUUGUCCAUUCAUAUGUACACUUUUUCUCGAUUUAGGAGUCCUCAUAUGGCGUAGUCGCUCAUCAACCUUCUCCGUCAUAUCAGCUGAUUCAGUAUGUAAGAAAGAACAGAGUCGGCUAUUGGAAGCUCGUGAAAGCAUGAAAAUUCAAUCAAGUCAAAGCAUUCUGUCUUGUACACAAAGACGUCAAAGAGCAAUUAGAAGAUGUCUUGUGAUGGCUACAGUUCAAGUUCUUCUCAAUGCUCCAUACUACACACUUCAAUAUUUGGAUGAAGUUUAUAGUUUACAAUCAAGUAAAGAUACUUUAGUAUUUUAUGUCUGCUCAGAUGCAUUCCUAUACUUUCUAUAUUUAUGCCAAUAUCCCUUACUAACUGUUUACGUGUCGUCAUUGAGCUCAGAUAUGAAAAGAGCAAAUACUCCAUCAGUUCCAGCAUCUCCAAACAUCCGAGUUUCGGUUAAAUACAAGAACAUCGAAGCAACUUUAUAA